AUGGGUAACACCAGCCAGGCUGAGAGUCUUGCUAUGGGCAUUGAAUUAAACAAGUGGGUGGUUGACGUUGAAACCAAUAUCAACAACCGUGAAGCUGAGGAUCCUGCUAUGGGCACUGAGGUAAAGGAUUGGGUGGUUGACAUUAAUACUGGUGUCGAGUCUUUCAGCCUUUGCGAUGAAAAGAAGAAUUGGGCGGCAACGUCGAUAUACCGGGUACCCUCCUUCAUCAGAGACAUCAGAGAACGUGCCUUCACUCCGACGGUGGUUUCUUUUGGUCCCUACCAUCACAAUGCUCCCCGGCUGAGGCCAGUGGAGGAGCACAAGCGCCGGGCUCUGAUCCACUUCCUCGAGAUGGCAAGGCGGCCUCUAGAUGACUUCAUCAACGAGAUGAGGACUAUUGAGAAGCAACUGCAAGACUCCUACCAUAACCUCGACAAGAAGUGGAAAGACCCUAAACACCCUGACCAAUUCUUGAUGCUAAUGAUACUCGACGGGUGUUUCAUGCUUGAAGUGAUGCGCAUGAAGGAUGAGAAGCAUAGAAAACGGAGGUAUGCCGCUCAUGAUCCCGUUUUUAGCAGCUACGGAGUGAACCAUAGGUUGCCUUACAUCAUGAGGGACAUGUUGGUAAUGGAAAACCAGCUACCUCUUCUAGUUCUAAAGAAGCUGCUUGAAGUCGAAGGCCUUCAAUGUGAAAUGGACGAUGUCUUCAUUAACGAGAUGAUACUCCAGUUCUUUGGGGUGAAGGCUAAGACAACAGGCCUGGGCCUCCAUCCGCUCGACGUGUAUCGGAAGAGCUUGCUCCAUGGUACACCACCGUGGCCGCCGCUACCACCCAUCCCAAGCCAGAGCUUCGAGGUCCUCAGGUCAGCCGUGGAGCUCCGCGAGUCUGGAGUCAAAUUCAGGAAAAGCAAUAGCACUAGCCUUGCUGACAUCGACUUCCAGGACGGCGUACUGGGCCUCCCACAAAUUACGGUCGAUGACAACACCGAGAGUACGUUACUCAACAUCGUGGCCUUUGAGCACCUCCAUGUUGGCACUAGCAGCGAGGUCACCUCCUACGUAUGCUUCAUGGACGAGAUCAUUGACUCGGCCGAGGACGUGCGUCUCCUGCAUCGAAAAGGCAUCACGCGAAAUGCAACAGGGAGCGAUGAGUCUGUCGCCGAGCUUUUCGGGAGUCUCUCCAAGGAAGUGACAACGGAUCCACAGUGUAGGCUUCGAUAUGUGCGGCAGCAGGUGAAUAAAUACUGCCAGAAGAAGUGGCAUAAUUGGCGAGCAGUUUUACGGCACAAAUAUUUCAAUACCCCAUGGUCCGCCAUCUCACUCAUGGCUGCCAUACUUAUUAUUUUGCUCACUGCCGCCCAGACGUUUUAUAGCAUCUAUCAAUAUUAUCACCCAUCCGGCAAAUCCUAGUGGUUGACCACAUUCUCCUGAUGCGAUAACAUUUGAGACAGAUGCUACAAAGUCUCCGUUCUGAUGUGGUGUGCCUAAGAUAUAUGUUUGUAUGUAAAUUUGAAGACUAUCCCGGGUUCACUGAGUGGAAUUGAUUGGUGUUAGAGUUUCCACAUUCCGUUGCUUUGAGUUGGUUUGUAGUUGCGAGUCUUGGUCAUGUCUCUGUUUUGUUUGAUUGUAA